AUGUUUAUUUGUUUGAUAAAUAUUUCGUAUGUUUGUGCUAGCUUUAUGGGCCUGAAACUACAAGAAAUAUCAGAGCAUCAUACCGAAACAAUAAAGAAGAUUGACUCGGUUGAGAAGGAGAUUCGUUCACUCUUGCGUCAAAUAGAGGAAGAUGAAUUCGAGGAACACAAUCGAGAGCAAAGGGUAAAGGAAUUGAAUGAAUUCAUUGAAGAAUUGAAGGAGUUAGAAGGAUGUUGUCAAGAUAAAGCUAUCAUAAAGACAGCAAUCGAUGAAUCAAUUAGUGAAAGAGAAAUAGAAAAAGGUCAAAGAGUCAAAUCAUUUGAUUUCUACAAUACCAAACUCAGGUUAGAAAAAUACGACCUAGAGAAGUGGAUGAAACAAAAAAGAGCACUUCUAAAAAUACAAAAGAAAGAAGAAGCAAUAAAGUUUCUAGUUAAACUAAUAGGAAUAGAAUUUGGAAGUUUAGAAUUCAGUGAAUGUAUGAAAAUGAAAUGUGAUCUAAUCAGUUAUAGAUCAGUGCUACAAGAUGAUCAUAUUCUACUGACCGAUAUGCAACAGAACAAAGAGGAUAAUCUGAACAAAUGGUACAAAUGUGAUUUGAUGAGCGAUUUCUUCCUGUAUUUCUUUAAAACAGUGGAAAUUACCAUAUUACAAAAGGAAUAUGAUCAAAUAAUCGCAUUUAUGAACACAAAAGAAACCAACCUGGAAAAGGUAAUGGAAAUUGUCCUUGAUGAAAUACAGGAAACAGAUGUAUAA